GGUGGUCUCGGUAAGAGCCCGUCGCAGAAGCUAACCGUUGCUGACCAUGGCGGGCGACGAAUCGCCAAUGCAGUGUCAUUUCCGCCUGAAGGUGGUCAACUGGGAGGAUCUUGACACGUCAGCGUCCACGCAUCCCGAUGACGUGGCACGCGGAAGCACCGUCAGUGCCAGCAGAGCAGUGGCACGGCCGCUGUCCGAGCUGGCAGGGCGGCAGUGCGGUGUACACCCGUCGGAUUGGGCGGCUAUCAGGGACACGUGGCAGCAGGCGGAAGCAGAAGGAUUAGGGGGGAAUCUGAACGCGCGGGGAAGGCGCGCGAUGGGGAAAGGCGCAGCAGGCGGAGGGAUCAUGAAAGGAGGGGCGGGGACGGAGGAGGGGGAUGGGGAGCAGAUAUACCUGGUGCAGAAGGGUGGCAGCGAUGGGGUGCUUGCAGUCAUCCCGCACCCAGGUGUCCCUCCAGCCGCCAUGGCCCUCUCUGCCGUACACCGAUUCAACCUGCACCUCGCGUCUGACAUUCGUUAUGAGUUUGAGGUGUUUGUUCCGCCUCCAAGAUUCGCUCUCCAAGAUGUGACUCUGGAGGUUCGGAUUCUGCUAGGGGGCGCUGCUGGCAUGGAGAAGGGGGGUAGUGAGGGUAGUGGGGGAGAGGAGGAGGAGGAAGAAGGGGAGGAGGAGGAAGAGGAGGAGGAGGAAGAGGAGGAGGAGGAAGAGGAGGAGGGGUGCCUAUCCCUGGACGCAGCAGAUCUAUGCGAUCAACUCCACCGGCUCUUCCACCAUCAAGUCCUCACAGUGUCCCACACGCUGGUGAUGUCUGCUCGUGGGAAGGAGCUGGCCGUUCGAGUGGCGGAGGCAAACAACCUGAGCGAGGAUGAGCGGGACGAAGCAGUGCUGUACCAUUGCUACAGAGGCAUGCUCACAAAUGACACUCAAAUACACCUUGUACCCGAUACAGGCAUAGAGCUAGCCAACUGGACACCCAAACAGGCCGCAACAAGCCCUGGCCCAAGUAAAGUUGUAAAUCUCCUCUCGUCAGACGACGAGCUCUUUCCAGUCAAGAAAGCCCUUCUCCGACCGUGCCUUGCACUUACUAAGGCAGUUCAAGACACUGGCCCCGAGCCCCCAACAGUCCAAGUGGGUGUGGAGUGCUUGCUGCUGGACCGAGUGCUGCUUUUCUUGGAGGCAGACUUCAAGGGUGAAGCAGAGAGCUUUCAGUUUGACAUCAACCUUACCCAGGAGUUGAGGGAAGCAGCUGCAUGCUUGAAGCUCAAGAGCCUGGCUGACCUGUGUGACCAGCGCCUGGGCCUCUUUGAGUCUCGCAUACGUGAAUAUUCCUUUGCCGAGGUGGCAGAGCGCAAUGCGAGUGGCAACUGUUGGCUGCUUCUGGAUGGCAUGGUGCUGGAUGUAACCAGGUGGUUACCAGAGCACCCAGGAGGCGAUACAAUCAUCCCAACUCAGGGACUCAACAGGGACUGCACUGUAUUCUUUGAGCUGUACCAUUCGUCGAGGGAAUCGUUUCUUUACCUCAGGCAUUUUUACAUGGGCGAGCUGAAAGAGGAAGACAAGGUGAAGUUGGCGGAGCAAGAAGACCAGCAACCAUCAGCGGAAUUCAUGCAGCAAUUGUGGGAGUACACCCACUCGUUUCGCCUCCAUGGAACCACAAUCAGGAAUUUGUAGGAGGUGUGGCCCAGCCAAAUUUAUCUAAAACGAUUUUUUUCAAGUUACCACUGUGGUUCAAGAUAAAGACUGAGGUUCGGU